AUGGGCAGCCGUCCCAAUGACGAUCGCAAGGAGCAAGGAAGGCUAUGGCUGAGCGAAGGCAACCCCAUUCGCGUUUUUAUCGACUCUGCAGAGUUUGACAACUUUUUAAAAUCUAAUAAACACGUCGUUUCCGCUACGACGGCCUCGCUCCUCUCAACGUUUAUCGGCUACCCGCUCGACUCGCUCAAAUCGCGUCUGCAGGCAUCUCGUGCACCAAUCACUGUCCCGCGAUUGGCUGCAAACAUCUUUCGCGAAGAGGGUAUCGUCGGCUUUUACCGCGGCCUCUGGAUCCCGCUGGUCACUAUUUCGGCCGUCAGGGCGGCCUCCUUCACUAUUUACAAUAACACAAAGUCCAAGCUCCAUGAUCAGUAUGGCUGGUCGCGAGAGAAACUACUCUCAGUUGGUGCGAGCGGAGCCGUAGGAGGCGCUCUUGCGGGUUGUUUAAUCAGCUUUGGGAGCGUCCCGUUCGAACUUGUCAAAGUCAGGCGCCAGUUGGAAUACUCGAUUGCAGCAGCAAAGGGCAUCCACAUCGUAAAACCUCCAAAUACGUGGGAAGCUGUCAAGGACAUUGUCAAAGGUCCGACUGCUGGGAUGGGCAAUCCAAAUAACAGUCCAAGAGGCAUCACUGCCCUGUGGACCGGUAUGAGGUUGCAUCUUCUGCGUGAUACUUCGGGGACGGCUCUGUACUUUUUCGAAUACGAUUCCAUGCGACACCUUUUGGGACGACUGCCAAAUUCAGAACAAGGACCAACACCAUAUUGGGCUCCUCUACCGCCUAGUCUGAUACCAUUCGUAUGUGGUAGCUUGGCAGGUGUUAGUAGCUGGGCGAUAAUUUAUCCACUUGAUGUUGUCAAGACGAAGACUCAACAGAGAGCUCUUUCGGGCGAUGUGUACCGUGGACCCAUCGAGACACUCAAGAGACUGCUCCGCGGUCCAGAACAUGCUCCACGUACUAUGGUCGCUGGCUUCGCUCGUUUAUAUAGAGGCCUAGGUGUCUCUGCGCUGAGAAGCGUCACGACCCAUGGCAUGUUAUGGACUAUUCUCGAUGCCGUCAGCGGAUGGAUUGACCACCGUGCCGCACGGCGCGGUCUCGAGGUUGAUCCAUAG